AUGCGAACGGCCACCUCCACCGCGAGACCGGACUUCACGUCUCGGGGCGAGGAUGCGGGAAUCGGCUUCGGCGCAAUACCCGUCACGAAAAUAAUAGGAAUAGCGAGUGCACCUCAGAAGCGCGACGCGACGCGGUCGCUCGCUGUAAGCGGCGAAUUAACAGUUGGACAAGAUAAUUUCGCGAAUGGAAGCAUAAUAAGUACAAAGAAGUUGAACAAUCAAUCGGCGAGUCGUGCAGAGCGCGGUGGUGACUGCAUUCCUACGUCCCUACCUCGUCCGCGGGUCCUCACCCCUCGUCCUUCCGGCGAUGGCCACGUGACGCGGCGAUUAGCCGCCGAGUGUGCCACCGCGACUAAAAUAGAGCACACGCAUGCUAUCUCAAAUCAUGUUCACCUUUUCUACACUCUAUUAGAACUAUUGCUAUGUCUACCAAAAUAA